AUGGUAGAGAUAUCACGGGACUCCCAGUCUGACCACCAGCAAGAACAACCCUUUAAACACACCUCAUCCCCCUCACCUCCAUUUCACCUCCCCCUCAGCAUUCCUUGUGACGUGGGCAUUUUAUCUCUGUCCUUCAUCUAUAAUUGCCGCGGUGGCCAGCUGUUUGUGACAGGGGCGGCAUGUCAUCUCUCCACCGCAUGGACUCGGACCCAAACUCCUCCAGGAUUACUACUAAUCAUGGCCUCCACCAACACUGAGGCUUCCCCGACUCCGCCGGCAACUGCUCUCUUUCCAUUUUUCCGCACUCUUCCUCCCUUACCCCCCAUUCACUCUUGGUUUUCUAGAUCGUCUACUAUGAACAACGACUCAGGCGUUCAGUUUGUGGCCGCCCGGCCCCGGAAGCGGAAUCAUCGAGAGAUGUCUGAAUCGAAUGGUCGUCAGCGACAAAAUGCCGAAGCGUCGUCCUCAAGAUCCCAUCCGCGGCGACCGUCGCCGCCACCAACACCACCGUUACGAUAUCCCGGCGACGGCCUCGACUUUCGGAGACCUGCGCAGAGCAGCACCCAGGAUGCCGUCAUAGACCUCACGAAUGAGCCCGACUCACCUCCGCAGACAUUUCAGCCGCAGGGUACGGGCACGGGGGCUCGUCCGAACACACGACAACCACGACCCCCUCGUUUCGGCAGACCGAUCAUGACCGAGGUAGUAGACCUGGAAGAAGAGGAGCCGGAACCCAGUGGACAGACACCCAGCUCGCCUGAGGUCCAAUUUAUAGGAUCGUCUGUCCGUCCGCCGCUCGCACGCCCGCGCGAACAUAAUUUUGGAGCCGACCUCCUACAAAUGCUCCAUCUUCACGACCCCCGGAUCCAUGGGGUCCCGCGCCGAGAUGUCUUCAGGGAAGAGGUUGCCAGACGAGCACGGCAAAUUGCUCGACACCCUCCAUUUGACGUGGAUGCAUUUUGGGUGGGAGGGUCCAGCAGUGCGAUCGAUCUGACCAAUCUCAAUCUGGAUAUGGACUUUAUGUUACGAAACCUUACAACGCCGGACAGGGGACCGCCUCCGAAUACCUACAAACCACCCAGUCCGGCACCGGAAGGGUUCACAAGAACAGCGGGAGAAGAUGAGGUUGUGUGUUGUCCGAACUGCGAUGCGGAGCUAGGCGUCGGCGACGAAACAAAACAACAAAUCUGGGUGGCAAAGCAAUGCGGCCAUGUAUACUGUGGCGAAUGCGCAACCCAUCGAUCGAAAUCGAGCGCCAAGAAGGCCGCCAGCCAACGAGUCAAGCCCUUCUCCAAAUGUCAAGUCUUCGACUGCGGCAAGUCAGUCAGUGCGCCGAAGGCGAUGUUCCAAGUCUAUCUUUAG